AUCUGAAUGGUGUUGUUCGCACAUCGUGUUAGGGUUUAGGGUUUGUCCCUCUCCCUCGAUAAAACAGAAUAUCGACGACGGGUUCUUCUCUGCUUCCAUCGAAAGAUAUCGUGGUCAUUUGUUUUUUCUUUCACAGAUAUUUUGAAUUUAAGGCUGAAGCGAACGGAAUUAUGGCGGAUUUAGAAAAUCUGCUUUUGGAGGCUGCGGGGAGAACUGGGAGAAACCGACACUCUCUUCCACCUUCAAGAAGAGGGCAUGAUGGUGCAUAUUCGGAUGGUGGAAGUGAUUCUAGGGAGGAUGAUUCGGAUGAUGAGCUUAAUUAUCAAGGCAGAAAGCCCCCUGGCUCGCAAGUUCCCCUAAAGAAGAGGUUGGAUCAGACAGAAAGAGAUGAUGAUGAUGAUGAUGAUGAUGAUGAUGAUGAUGAAGGAAGUGAGGAAGAAGGGGAUGAUGACAACGAGGGCGAUAGCAGUGAUGAAUCUAAUAUUGGCGAUGAUCUUUAUAAGAAUGAUGAUGACAGACGGAAGCUUUCUGAGAUGACUGAAUUUCAAAGAGAGAUGAUAUUGUCAGAUAGGGCUAGCAAGAAGGAUGAUAAAAAAUUAUUGGGGAAGAUAGCAUCAAAACGUGAGAAGGGAAAGACAACUGUACCCAGAAAACAGACUCCACCCCUCCCUUCAUCUCGUGUGCGUUCAUCAGCCAGAUCUGCUGACAGGUCAACUGCCAAGGAUGAUGCAUUAAAUGAAUUGCGUGCAAAGCGAUUGAAACAGCAAGAUCCAGAAGCACACCGCAGGCUAAGAGAGGCAUCUAGAAGUUCAGGGCCCAGGCAUUUUUCACCAAAACGCAAACCUUUCACUUCAACAAGUCUUAGUAGCUCAAGCCAUAGUGAUAGUGAAAGUAGGUCCCGCAGUGAUGACCAAGGUUCAACUGGAGAAGGAGGAAUUAUUUACAGUGAUGAUGACAGGGCAUUAUCUGGAUUUGAAGGGCCUUCAUUCGAGGAUAUAAAAGAAAUCACCAUUCGCAGGUCAAAACUUGCAAAAUGGUUUAUGGAGCCUUUCUUUGAGGAGUUAAUUGUUGGUUGUUUUGUAAGAGUUGGUAUUGGUAGAUCAAAAUCUGGGCCUAUCUACAGGCUCUGCAUGGUGAAAAAUGUUGAUGCAUCAGAUCCUGAUCGGCAGUAUAAAUUAGAGAAUAAAACCACAUACAAGUACUUGAAUUUAGUCUGGGGAAAUGAAACUUCUGCUGCGAGGUGGCAAAUGGCUAUGGUUAGCGACUCUGCUCCACACGAGGAGGAGUUUAAACAGUGGGUUAAGGAAGUAGAACGAAGUGGUGGCCGGAUGCCAUUCAAGCAAGAUGUGUUAGAAAAAAAACAAGCUAUAGAAAAGAUCAACACAUUUGUUUACUCUGCAGCUACUGUGAAGCAGAUGUUACAAGAGAAAAAAUCUGCCUCAUCGAGGCCAUUAAAUGUUGCAGCUGAGAAGGACAGGCUGAGGAGGGAAUUGGAAAUAGCACAAAGUAGGCAUAAUGAAGUUGAAGUGGAGAGGAUCAAGACAAGACUGCAAGAAUUGGAUGCAUCCCGGCAAGCUCAGGAGAAGGAUGCUAAGGCUUUGAAGCUUGCUGAGAUGAACAGAAAGAACAGGUUUGAGAACUUCAAAAAUGCAUCCAAAUUGAAGCCAGUAAAGACAGGUUUGAAAGCAGGAGAGGCAGGUUACGAUCCAUUUUCAAGGAGAUGGACUAGAUCAAGGAACUACUAUGCUUCAAAACCUGGUGAAGAGGCUGCAGCUGGAAAUAACAGUGCCAGUGGCGCAGUGGCUGACACAAGCAGCAAUGGGAUGGGAGCAGCUGUAGUAGCGGAGACAGGCAUGGUGGCUACUGCUGCGGCUUUGGAAGCUGCUGCUGGUGCUGGAAAGUUAGUAGACACAAGUGCUCCGGUGGAUCAAGGUACAGAGUCAAAUAUGCUACACAAUUUUGAGCUGCCAAUAUCAUUAGCUCUACUCCAAAAGUUUGGUGGAGCCCAAGGAGCUCAGGUAGGAUUUAUGACAAAAAAACGAAGAAUUGAAGCAACUGUUGGAUUUCGAGUCCCAGAAAAUGAUGGCGGGAGGCAUGCGCUGACAUUAACAGUUAGUGAUUACAAGCGAAGAAGAGGGCUUCUUUGAAAUUUGUUGAACUAAAAAAUUUAAUCAGCCUGACACUUUUUUAAGGUGAAGUUAGUUUGUAUUAUCCGUAGUACUGUUGUGCCCGUAAAUAACUAA